AUGGACGAAACCUGUCACGAUGAGGCCUGGGCCUCACCGAUGAAACGAUCACUGAAGAUCCUAUCUGCCAACGUAAAAAGGUUGUUUAACAAGCUCGACGAACUUAAAAACCUGGUUGAUGAGGAGAAACCGGACAUGGCGGCUUUCAAUCAAACCUGGUUUUCGACAGAUAUUGCCGACUCCGAAGUAUUACUUAGAGGUUACCAGCUUUUCAGGAGGGACAGACCAACUAGGGAAGGAGGAGUAAUAGUGUACGUAACUGGCAAGCUGACAGCUAUGGCUGAAGAACCUAUCCCAGCACGAGAAUCGCAAAUUUUGAACAUUACUAUAUCUGCUAAGUAUGCCAGACCAUUGAGGAUUUCGGUGGUGUAUCGUUCACCAAAUCAGACAUCUAACCAAGAAACUAUCCUCAUAGCGGAACAGUACAAGACAAGCGAGAAUAAAGAAAUCCUUGUCGUUGGGGAUUUUAACUCUCCUGGUGCUGAUUGGUAA